AUGGCUUCAAGUCUCGAUGACCUUGAAGUAGAUGGUGGAAGUGGAGGUGUUUCGGACAGAUCCCAUGUUCACUGUCCUCCCCUUGGCUCUUCAGACACCAUGGCUUGUAGCAGAGACGGAUUAGACUUAUCUACCAGUCUGCAGCCCAAGGAAUGCACAGUGUCUGGGAUUCGGUCCCGCUCCUAUUCCUGCUCCUCGCCCAAAGGUUUAUUAGGAAGGCCUCGCAUACCUCGGGACUUUGCAGUUGGGGAUUUGAAUGAAGAUGGUGUGCUCAUGAACAGUGGUCGAUCCCUCCUUCAGGCUCUUUCACUCUCUAAGUCAGUGUCUCUGCUCCACCCUUCUAAGCGAGCAUACAGUCUGCCUGAGCAGUCCCGAGAGAAAAGGAUUCAAGAGGAGGAAUGGAAUAAAUAUAUUGUACCCUCAAAAAAUGAAUCCGAAAAAUGUAAAGUGAGUCGGACUUUCAGCUUUCUGAUGAACAGAAUGACCAGCACACGGAAUAAGGGCAAGACAAAAAAUAAAGAUACCAAAGAUAAAGAGAAACUGAACAGGCACAAUUUUGCAAAUGGGACCUUCUCAGGAGUUAUCCCAUGUAUGGCCUGUGAAAAGGCCCUCCUAGGAAAGGAGUCACUGCAGUGUUCCCAUUGCAACAUGAUUGUGCAUAAGAGCUGCAGGGAGUGUGCUCCUGUGUGCACCAAGAAAUCCCAGGAGAGAUGUCAUAAUAAAAACAAACCCCAAGCUGCUGUAACAAGUUCCCUGCCUGGAGAUGUUUCACAGAUGGUGCUUUCCCCAGUGCGUUCUUCUUCCUCUGUGCCUAUUGGACUGUCUGCUGGAAGGAGGGAAGCCUCACAACAGUCCCACUUCUUGUCCAAAAGUGUCCCCAGUGCCAGUUUUGAAAGAAGAUCUAUGCCAUUUUCUGAACAAGAGUCUGAGACUAGCACCUGGAGGUCCAGGUCACGGUCUGAAGAGAUGUUACAAGCAUUAGGGACCUUUUCUUCAAUGGAUCCUUUUAUGAUGGAAGAUGAUGUGGAUUUGUCUCAGUGGACUGAUCUGCACACAGAUGCGCAAGAGUUUGAGGCAGAGUCCUGGAGUCUUGUUGUGGAUCCAAUGUUCUGCAGCAAGCAAGAAAAGGAUGUCAUCAAGAGGCAGGAUGUAAUUUUUGAGCUGAUGCAAACAGAAGUGCAUCACAUCCAUACCCUGUUCAUUAUGUCUGAAAUAUUCAGGAAAGGGAUGAAGGAAGAACUGCAGCUGGACCACAGCACAGUGGACAGAAUAUUCCCCUGCUUAGAUGAGCUACUGGAGAUGCAUAGGCAAUUCUUCUGCAGAAUGAAGGAGAGACGGCAGGAAUCAUGUGAGGCAGGGAGCGAACGUAAUUUUGUCAUCAGCAGAAUUGGAGACAUUCUUGUGCAGCAGUUUUCAGAGGAAAAUGCAACUAAAAUGACGAAAAUAUAUGGAGAGUUUUGCAGCCAUCAAAAAGAAGCUGUUAAUCUCUUCAAAGAGUUGCAACAAAACAAGAAGUUCCAGAAUUUUAUUAAACUGAGAAAUAGUAAUCUGUUGGCACGACGCCGAGGAAUCCCCGAGUGCAUUUUGCUCGUCACCCAGCGAAUCACCAAAUACCCUGUUCUGGUUGAAAGGAUAUUGCAAUACUCAAAAGAAGGAACAGAAGAACAUAAAGACCUGUGCAAAGCCCUUUGUCUGAUUAAGGACAUGAUUGCAACAGUAGAUUUGAAAGUGAAUGAAUAUGAGAAAAAGCAAAAGCUGCUGGAAAUUCUCAGUAGAACUGAAAACAAAACAUAUACAAAGCUGAAAAAUGGCCAUGUUUUUAGGAAGCAAGACUUGAUGAGGAAAGAGAGGAUACUUCUUCAUGAAGGCUUAGUGUACUGGAAGACAGCGACUGGUCGUUUCAAAGACACCUUAGCUCUGCUUCUAACUGAUGUACUACUGUUCUUACAAGAAAAAGAUCAAAAAUACAUCUUUGCAGCUGUUGACCAGAAGCCUUCUGUUAUCUCCCUUCAGAGGCUCAUAGUAAGAGAAGUAGCCAACGAAGAACGGGGGAUGUUUCUGAUUAGUGCUUCAUCUGCAGGGCCUGAGAUGUAUGAGGUUCAUACCAACUCCAAAGAGGAACGUAACAACUGGAUGAGGCAUAUUCAAGAUGCAGUUGAAAGUUGUCCAGAGGAAGAAGAAGAAGGAAAAAUGAGUGAAUCUGAUGAGGACAGGCGUAUCGCUGAGGCCAAAGCAUCCAGAAUUCAGAAAUGUCAAGAAUCACUGACUAACCAGGACCAGCAGAUCUGUAGUUAUUUGGAAGAGAAGUUGCAUAUCUAUGCAGAACUGGGAGAUAUGAGUGGGUUUGAGGAUGUUCAUGUAGAACCUCACCUCCUUAUCAAACCUGAUUCUGGAGAAACUCCACAGGCUGCUUCAUUGCUGGCAGCAGCACUCAGAGAAGUUGAAAGUCUCCAUGUUGCUGUAAUGACAUCACAAGUGAGUGAAACAGACAGAUCACCAGAGGGAAGUAUUGAGGAAUUAAGUGUGAAGCACAGAUUUAGUGCUAAUGAAAUCUUGGAAUCUGUUCCUGGUGAUGCAGAAAUAAAAGAACUUGAAGAAUCAUCUGAAGUUGAUCUCAGUGUUGAAAAGGAAAUGGCAGGUGCCAAUUUAGAGGAUAAGGGAGGAAGUAUGAGUUUCCCAGGAUCUACAGGGACAGAGAUUGUACAAGCAAUCCAGAACUUAACCCGUCUCUUGUACAGCAUACAGGCAGCACUAGCUAUCCAGGACAGCCACAGAGAGCUCCAUAGGUUACUCCUGCAAGAGAAUGAGAAGACCAGUCGGGGCCAUGGUGCUCGGCUAAACCUCCUUCUGGAACAAGAAAAGUACCGGAAUCUGGAAAAACAAAGGGUGGAGCUGGCCAACAUACACAAACUGAAGCAGCAGUUUCAGCAAGAGCAGCAGCGGUGGCUCCGUGAAUGUGACCAGCGGCAGCGGGAGCAGGAGGUGAGGGAGGGCCAGCUGGGACAGCGGGAGAGGGAAUGCGGAUGCCAGGAGGAGCUGCUGGAGAGGAGCCGACAGGGACUGGUGCUGCAGCUGCAGGAGUACCAGCAGAACCUGGAGAGGCUCCAGGAGGGCCAGAAAAUGGUGGAGAGAGAACGAGAGAGUGUGAAAAUGCAGAAGAAGCUCCUCUGGCACUGGAAGCAUGGUCAACAAAGUAGCCUGUUGUCAUCCACAGAGAGCUAUGAGAUAAUGGGACAUAAUCAAUCGGACAGCUUACAUGGCGAAAACACGUUCUACUUAAAUGAAGCUGUAGUGUGUGUGUCUCUAAGCAGUCUCAACAGAUCAGAUUCUUCUCUCAUUUAUGAGGAUGGUGUGCAUGGGCUGAACAUCUCAAAUUCUGAUAUAGCAAGGACUAGUGAAAAUCAGGUGGACCUCAAAAUGGACACUUCUUGUCAGCCAUCGUUAACCAGUGCCCUGUGGAAAUCCACUGGUCCUUACCAGCAGAUGUCUUUUUCCUGCAAAAACAACAAGGAUGCCUUUAAUAAUGAUCUGAAUGCAUCGCAGACCCAGGGUCCCCAAACAAGCAUUCAAAAACAGGCAUCCAGCCAGCCACCACAG